GCCGACUCUGUUGUCGUUGAUAUAAGCGACGCGACGGACGGCAGUCUGGAAGUGGCUCUCCAUCCGAAGAACGCCGAACUCGGCAAACGUGAGGUGAAAACUGGGAAACAAGUGCUUAUCGACCAAACAGACGCCCAACAGAUUGCAGUCUCAGAUACCGUCACUUUUAUCAAUUGGGGAAAUAUGUCGAUCACUGCUGUGACUAAAGACCCGAAGACUGGUUUAGUGACCAAAAUUGACGCUAAACUCAAUCUCGAUAACAAAGAUUUCAAGAAGACAUUGAAAGUGACGUGGAUUGAGACGAGUGCCACCAUUCCGGCGAUUCUCACAUAUUUUGAACACAUUAUCUCUAAACCUGUUUUAAAACCUGACGACGAUUUUAAGAACUUUAUCAAUAGAGACACAAAGCUUGAGGUCCAGGGGUUGACAGACAGUGCGCUCAAGAGUUUGAAAAAGGGAGACAUAAUUCAAAUACAGAGAAAGGGUUUCUUUAUAUGCGAUUCGGUUUACGACGAAAAGACCAUUCGGUUUGCGGGUAAAGCGGCGCCCGUUGUACUCAUUUCAAUACCCGACGGAUCGACGGAUUUAAAUAUAUUCCCGAAAUCAGUGCAGGAAUGGAAGAAAAAGACACUUUUAUUGAGUCAAAACACUGAUAACAAAAGUGCUCCAAAAGGGGCCACAGAUUUAGCCAAAAUAUUGGCAGACAUUAAAGAGUGCGGCGAUUCUGUCCGCCAACUGAAGGCCGAUAAGGCGUCCAAAGAACAGAUCACCGAAAAAGUGAAUAAAUUACUGGCACUGAAGACAGAGUUUAAGACAAAGGCAGGCAUUGAAUGGAAACCAGACAUUCAAUUGAGUCAAAUCACGGAUAAUAAAAGUGCUCCGAAGGGAGCGACAGAUUUGGCUAAUAAAAGUGGUCCAAAAGGGGCCACAGAUUUAGCCAAAAUAUUGGCUGACAUCAAAGAGUGCGGCGAUUCUGUCCGCCAACUGAAGACCGAUAAGGCGUCUAAAGAACAGAUCACUGAAAAAGUUAAUAAAUUACUGGCACUUAAAACAGAGUUUAAAACACAAGCCGGCGUUGACUGGAAGCCAGACAUACAGUUAAGUCAAUUAAAACAGUCUAACCCUUCGGGUGGCGAUCAAAGUAAUGACAUCCAGAAGUUGGAUGCUUUGGUGAGAGCGCAGGGAGAGGUUGUCCGCAAACUUAAGACCGAAAAGGCCGCCAAAGAUGUGAUCACCGAAAGCGUGAAUAAAUUACUGUCAUUGAAGGCAGACUUUAAGAAAGCUUAUGGUAAAGACUGGACACCAGAUUUGCAAUUAAAUCAAACCAAUGGUACAAAUGGUGGCGGAAAUAGUGGUAACGCUGGACAAGAAUUAGAUGAUUUGGUUCAAAAACAGGCGGAUAGUGUCCGACAACUUAAGUCUGAUAAAGCAGACAAAGCUCUUGUCGACGAAGCCGUCAAA